UUUCACCACUUGUAUAAAAAUGUGUCAACACAUAUUCUCCUACAAAAAAUAACAAAUUAAAAAAGCGAGGUAGCAAUGAAGAGAGGAGGCAGCAUUUUCAGAUGGGCUAUUCGUCUGCUUUUCAUCUGCCUCGUCUGCAUUUCCACUCCGGCCAAAGCUGCACUCAAGAAAUAUCACUUCAAUGUUCAAGUGAAGAAUGUGAGUAGGUUGUGCCACGCGAAGCCGAUAGUUACCGUAAACGGCAUGUAUCCGGGGCCGACGAUCUACGUUAGAGAAGGCGAUAGGGUUCAGAUCAACGUCACCAACCACGCGCAGUACAACAUGUCCAUCCACUGGCACGGGCUCAAGCAAUACCGGAACGGGUGGGCCGACGGGCCGGCUUAUGUAACACAGUGUCCGGUUCAGACCGGACAGAGUUACACUUAUGAUUUUAAUGUAACCGGACAGAGAGGCACAUUGUGGUGGCACGCUCACAUCUUGUGGCUAAGAGCCACCGUGCACGGUGCUAUUGUCAUAAUGCCUAAGGAUGGCACUUCAUAUCCCUUUCCGCAGCCUUAUCAAGAACACAAUUUGAUCUUAGGUGAAUGGUGGAACGACGACGUUGAAGAGGUUGUCAAACAAGGCAACAAGCUCGGACUCCCUCCCACAAUGUCGGAUGCACACACGAUCAAUGGAAAACCGGGCCCACUCUUCCCAUGUUCGGAAAAAUAUAAUUACGCAAUGGAGGUAGAGCCCGGGAAAACCUACCUUCUCAGGAUCAUCAACGCGGCACUCAACGACGAGCUCUUCUUCGCGGUCGCCGGCCACAACAUGACGGUUGUGGAGAUCGACGCUGUCUACACGAAGCCCUUCUCGACGGACGCAAUCCUGAUCGCCCCGGGGCAGACCACCAAUGUCCUCGUACGGACAAACCGGGCCCCGGGGCGGUACUUCAUGGCGGCCCGGCCGUUCAUGGACGCCCCGAUCGCCGUGGACAACCGAACCGCCACCGCCAUACUACAGUACAAAGGCGUAGCGAGCACCAUAACCCCCGCACUCCCCCACCUCCCCCUCCAAAACGACACCGCUUUCGCCCUAACCUACGACGGCAAGCUGAGGAGCCUCAACUCCCCGCGGUUCCCGGCCAACGUGCCCCUCGAAGUCGACCGCCACCUCUUCUACACGAUCGGGCUCGGCGUCGACCCCUGCCCGGCUUGUCUAAACGGGACGAAGCUCGUCGCGUCGUUGAACAACAUAACCUUCGUGAUGCCUCAGGUGGCGCUGCUGCAGGCUCACUACUCGGGGUUGAAGGGAGUGUACACGACCGACUUCCCCGACCGGCCCCCGACGCCGUUCAACUACACGGGGGCGCCGCUCACGGCCAACCUCCGCACCGCGGGGGAGGGCAGGCGGCCGCGGCUGAGCAAAGUGGCGUUCAACACGAGCGUGGAGCUAGUGCUGCAGGACACCAACCUCCUCUCCGUGGAGUCGCAUCCUUUCCAUCUCCACGGCUACAAUUUCUUCGUGGUCGGGACCGGAGUCGGGAACUUCGACCCGGCCCGGGAUCCGGCGAGGUUCAACCUCGUCGAUCCGCCCGAGAGGAACACCGUCGGCGUUCCCACCGGAGGAUGGACUGCGAUAAGAUUCAGAGCUGAUAAUCCUGGAGUGUGGUUUAUGCAUUGCCAUUUGGAGGUUCAUACGGGAUGGGGAUUGAAGACGGCGUUCGUGGUGGAGGAUGGACCUGAUCAAGAUCAUGCAGUCCUGCCGCCGCCUAAGGAUCUCCCACUUUGCUAAUUCAUUUCUGUUUCUUCAAUUUACUUUUUUUUUUCUUCUUGCAAUUAAAAAUUUGAUGGUGAAAGUUUAUGUACUCGUAAAGGAACAAAUUAAUGAGGCAGCAUGGCAAAUAAGAACAUGUUGUGACAUUUGUUUUCUGAGUGUAAUUUAAAGUCAUUAAUGUGAUUGGAUUUGUUCUUGAAA